AUAAUUACAAAGUAUAAUUCGUGGCUUGCACACAAACCUGUAUCACUGGAUUCAUAUUUCGUAGUGUGUUAAUUUUAAUUGGUUUAAUAACGUUCAUUGAAAUAUUUAAACUUAUCAAUGAGUUGUAUUGUGAUAGCAUGUGAAUGUGUGUAUUUUUAUGAUUAAUACAUAGAAUAUUCUAUAGGAAAGAAACAAAGUGUUCGAUAAUUGAUACUUAUAUCGUGAGUUACGUUUGACACUUUCUGCAUGCACAGUCGUUAACAUUGCGUUCACAUGCUGAAAUGGAUAACAAUCAAAUAAUGCAGUAAAUUAUCAAUCGGAUUAGCGACAUGCUCAAAUGGUAUACAUGACGUUCUUACACGGAUAUUAAAACAAAUUACAUAUACAUCUUUGAAGUUCGGUAUAGGGUCGCCUAGGUAGCAACCUGUACGGCGGCAGCCAUACAGGAAGAAAGGCAUUGAAACAAUCAAUUACUUUCCCUUCUAAGCAGAAACUGACUCAUGACUUCAUACAACACACGGAAGGAAACAUAUUCGAUUUUAAAACGGACUUCUGUUGUUGUUGUUUUUUUCACAUUACAUUAACACAUUCAUCGUUGAUGCAGUAAUGGUUAACUCAACUGUAACUCCUCAUGUGCUUAGGAAUGGCUACGACCUGCCUGUGUACGGUUUGGACAAUGGGACAUUCUACUACAUCCACAUUCCGGCUAUGAUUUGUAUCGUCACUAGUUUCGUAUGUGCUGUGAUCGCCAUCGUGUUGUCCUUCCGCAGUCGAGGCUAUAAGUCUUUCUUCACGAAGUGGUCCAAGAGCGAGAGAUUCGUGGUUUACCUCGCUUUGUGCGACGCCCUCUUCAACGUGUCCCAUUUCACGGACCACCUGCACAUCGCCAUCGCAAAAAACCACGUGUACCCAAAGGAGUUAUGUGAGUUCUAUGGGUUCAAUCUCGCGCUGUUCAUCACAGCACAGAAUCUGAUGGUCAAUAUCGUUGCAAUAAACGCCUUUAUGCUAUUGUAUUUCAACAAGAAUCUGGAGUUUGGAAGGUACGACUGGCGACUGCUUGCCUGGACCUUCGGUGCUCCGUUUAUUGGCGCUAGUAUUGCUGGAAUCGCGGGGCAAUUGGGAACAAACGGAGCUUUCUGUUACUUUGACGGCGUAAAGGGCGUGAUCACGAACAUCUGUUUUACCACGGUCCCACUCCUCCUCGUGCUCGUUAUGAACGUCAUCUUUUACUUGCUCACGUGGAAGCGCAUUCACGAGCAAUGUCGCGAAAUCCGCCAAAACCUGGGCAAAAUGUCCACCGCCAUGCGAGCUUCCCACCGCGCCGCCCGCGCCAUGUCCAUGUUUGUGGCGGCUUUCUUUGUCCAGUGGUGGGCCAUGGCGCUGUAUGGCGUCUGGAAUCUCGCAGUGGACGUGGUUCCGCAGCCCGUUCACCACAUGGUGACCACGUUUUCGAACAUCGGCGGCAUACUGAAUCUGAUAGUGUACCGUAUCAUACGUAAGAAGCAGCUAAGCAAGGGCGAGGUUCUCUCAACGGAGAAGCUAACGAAAAGCACUGAGGCCAGGCACUCACAUUCGCACUUUAGCCGGAACAACACUUUGCAUGAAAACUCCAUGUGUGACAGUCAAGUAACGGAGCAGCCGUCUGUGACUCUUAAAAUCAUGGAUAAUCAUCUGGCGGUUCCAACAAGAAAUGGACAUGAGUGUUGAAGCGGAACCAUAUUACGUGAAUUUUCAUUAAUGUUGCUAAGAAAGAGAUUGUGAACAAUCUUGUCAAAAAAGGACUUCGUCUGCUCAGCUCAUAUUACGAAAGUGAAACGUCUAACAAAUCAUAAUAUUAUAUAUUAGCGGUUAAUUCAUUAUAUGGGGUGUUAUGUACUCGGCCUUAACACCUGAAUGUUGGACGUUGUCCGCAAUCAUAAAAAUAAAGAUUACUGAACACUUAUUAGAAACCUUUUACGAAAACAAAUCAAUAAUACAUCGAUGGAGUAGUAACUAAAGACUUGUCAACAUCUUUUCGACAUUGGAAUCUAUCUAUAAUGCAUCAAUUUCCUAUAUUGAUGGUGUUUUUUUUUUUAUUGAACUCAAUCUUUUUUUUAAUUACGAAAUUUAAUUAUUUAUGAAAAUAUACUAUAAAAAUAAAAAAGAUUAUUGUUU